CUCAUUGAAGGAUGCACGGGAAGGAAGCGAGUCAACAGUGUUGAGAUGUAGUCCCUGUAUAUGACCAGGAAAGUGAACUUGGUCUGAUGUAGAAGGUGUUGAUGUUGGUGUUCGGCAAGAGAGCAUCAGGCCUAAGCCUCCUCCAGGUGGACGCUGUCUAGAGAUCUCCAUCCCAAAGUCAGCCCCCAUUUGAAGUCCCCCCCUUGCUCCUUGCUGUGGCCAGCAUGGACCUCCAGACGGACUCUCCCCUCCAGUCCCUCCUCCUACUUCCAGUGCACCUCCUCGUGUGGCUCUACUCAGUGAUCUCGUUCCUGCCCUGGUACGUCCUAUCAGGCGCAGCCCAGAGGAAGGCCAGGGUGGGCGCGGCCAAGGCCCGCUCCACCACGGGCUGUGCCCAGGGGCCGUACCGUACCGUGGAUAGCUUCCAGAGCCUGGUCAGGGAGGACUUCCCUGGGAAGGACACGCUGGAUAAGCUGUUUGAUAGGGCAGUGCAGCUGUUUGGGCAGGCGGACUGCCUGGGCAUCCGAGAGGUCCUGAAGCACGAGAACGAGACUCAACCUAGUGGGAAGGUGUUCAAAAAGCUCAUUCUUGGAGAGUACAGUUGGCUCUCCUACCAAGAAGUGGAAUCCAGGGUGAGUCAUUUUGGCAGCGGACUGGCAGCGUUAGGCCUGGAGCCCAGGAGCACCGUGGCUAUCUUCUGUGAGACCCGGGCAGAGUGGAUGAUAGCCGCCCAGGCCUGCUUCAGACACAACUUCCCUUUGGUUACGUUCUACGCCUCCCUGGGAGAGGAGGCGGUGGCGUUUGGCCUGAAUGAGACCCGGGUCACUCACCUCAUAACCAGUGUGGAACUGCUGGAGACUAAAAUAAAGGGCAUGCUCCCUCAGAUCCCCGGGCUGGAGCAUGUGAUCUGUGUGGACCAGGCGAAGCUCAGCGCCGAGGGCUACCCGCCUGGAGUGGCCCUCCGCAGCAUGCACGCCGUGGAGCAGCUGGGGGCACAGCCCGACAACCUGAGCAGGGAGGUGGUGAGGCCCCAGCCCUCAGACCUGGCUGUGGUGAUGUACACCAGCGGCUCCACAGGCCGGCCCAAAGGAGUCAUGAUCAUCCACGGCAACCUGAUCGCUGGCAUGACAGGCCAGUGCGAUCGAAUACCUGGACUGGGACCUAAAGACACCUACAUAGCCUACCUGCCCCUGGCUCACGUGCUGGAGCUGACUGCAGAGAUCUCGUGCGUGGCGUACGGAUGUCGGAUCGGGUACUCCUCCCCGCAGACCCUGUCUGACCAGUCCACCAAGAUCAAGCGAGGCUGCAAGGGGGACAGCACUGUGCUCAGACCGACCCUGAUGGCCGCUGUACCAGAAAUCUUGGACCGCAUUCACAAAGGUGUGAUGAGCAAAGUGGAGGAGAUGAGCUACGUUCAGAAGACUCUGUUCAAACUGGGCUACAACUACAAGCUGGAGCAGAUGAAGAAAGGCUACGACGCGCCGCUCUGCAACGUGCUGCUGUUCCGUAAGGUGAAGAGCAUUCUGGGAGGCCGGGUGAGGUUGAUGCUGUCCGGCGGGGCUCCGCUCUCCUCCGCCACCCAGCUCUUCAUGAACGCCUGCUUCUGCUGCCCCGUGGGCCAGGGCUACGGGCUCACCGAGACCUGCGGCGCCGGCACCAUCACGCUGGUGGAAGAUUACACCACGGGACGGGUGGGGUCGCCGCUAAAAUGCUGCGAGGUCCAACUCCGAGACUGGCUGGAAGGAGGCUACACCACCCGGGACAAGCCCCACCCACGCGGGGAGAUCCUGAUUGGUGGUCACAACGUCACCGUAGGUUACUAUGGGAAGGAGUGUAACAACCAGGACUUCUUUGUGGAUGACAGUGGACAGAGGUGGUUCUGCACUGGGGACGUGGGGGAAAUCCACUCUGACGGCUGUCUGCAGAUAGUGGACCGUAAGAAGGACCUGGUGAAGCUGCAGGCUGGGGAGUACGUGUCUCUGGGCAAAGUGGAGUCCUCUCUGAAGACGUGCCCGCUCGUCGACAACAUCUGUGCCUUCGCCAACAGUGAUCAGAACUAUGUGAUCAGCUUAGUGGUGCCUAACCAGAAGAGUCUGACGGACCUGGCCAGGCGGAGGGGUGUGGAGGGGAGCUGGGAGGAGCUGUGUACACACCCUGACAUGGAGAGAGAAGUCCUGAAGGAGAUUCGUCAGGUCGCCACUUCCAUCAAGCUGCAGAGGUUUGAGAUUCCCUUGAAGGUCCACCUGAGUCCUGAGCCGUGGACCCCAGAGACAGGCCUGGUCACAGACGCCUUCAAGCUGAAGAGGAAGGAGCUGAAGAACCACUAUCUCCACCACAUAGAGAGAAUGUACGGGGGGAAGUGAGGAGCAUGCCAGCCCAACGCAUGACUCGCCAUCAUCUGUUACGUGUGCACAUGUACGCCUUUCAAUCUUCACUGCACGCCUUGUAUAUUUAAAUAGGAUCACCGCUCAAACAUGAAGGUCCCUCAUUUGCUGGAGACUAGAAACUUGGUCUAAUCUAAGUUUACUUGGAACGCUGCGAAGUAUGAUAUGGAUCUCUUAAAACCUUCCAUGCGGAGAUCAUAAUCAUUGGCGGCUUUGUAAACUUAUGUUUUUGUUCUCCUGAUAUGAAGGGUAUUUUCCAGCUCUGUGCUGCCCUUCACUCUGUUUCUGUACAGUCUGCCCUUGCUAGUAGGUUGGAAGUGUGUCGUUGACAAAAUCACAUAUCCUUGGAGCCUGACAAGAGAUGCAGUAGUCCUCAACUUUCAGGGACGUAAAGUGGAACCGUGAACGUUCCAUGAAAGUUUUAGAAACGCACACCGGCCAUCCCCAUGUAACUUUAUUGUAUUUUUAAAUAUUAUCUGCCUCUGCUUAGGCGAUCAUUUCCCCUUUUUUGCUGCCUGUCGUUGUCGUGCGUGGGUGGGUGGCACCAGACCAACUGAGCUGGAGGUGUGUGCUGCCCCCUGUUGGCAGAACAGGAGUGGGGACGUUACUGUGCCUUCCAACGACCCUCACUCACUGCAGUACACACGUCAUCUGUGUGAAGUUUAGAUAGGGUUUGACUGUUGAAAGGGCUGAAGGAUUUGAAGUAGUGUAGUAUUUCAGAGGAUUUAGCUGGUCCACUAUCAUGCUGGUAAAGUGCUAGAACAAACAGACCUUCAGACCUUGACAUAACAGGCAGGAUGCAUUGUCAACACUUUCCAGCCUAUUUAGCACUACAACUGAAGAACCAUAUAUCUGCAUAAAGCCACACCACCAAAUUGCACUAUUUUGUUCUGACCAGCCAUGAUAUUAUUGCUGAUGUGUGUAUUGUGUUUUGCUGUUUUUUUGACUGUCAAAUGACAUGUAAAAUCCUAAAUGACUCAGGAAGACUAUAUUUAAUAUAUUUAAUUGGCAAUGAGUAUCUGUAUGGGAUCUUUCUAGACUUAUUUAUGUGCAUAUUUCUGCAUUUUUGUAUCUAGACUUUAUGUGCAUCUAAAAUUGUUCCAUCACAAAAAAGGCAUACCACUACUUGGUAUCCUACUCAAGCAGUUACAAGGAUAACUUUGCUACUGUGAAACAGUCUGUUAUCAGUUAGAUGUGCAAUUUUGACCCCAAAGAUUUUUUGUUCUUAUUGUGAAUGUUGUGAAAGGGGUUUUUCCACUUGUGUGGGUCAAAAGACAGGUAUGUAAAUGUAUACCCUCAAAGUACAGUGUAUAUUCUUCACUGAGCAUUUCUUGUUUUCCAUAAUUUGUGGGGUUACAUUGUGAUGAAUAAAUGUGUUUUUUUUGUUGAUUAUA